AUGAUGAAACGGUUGUGGAUUCAUUCUCCAACAACCAUCCCUCUGAUAUGCCUGCAUCAGCGUUCCAUGAUGUUGUUGGCACAUUGGAGGCAAUAUCAUGAUCGGAAAGGAUCAUCAAGAAAUUUCCAUCAUGAUCAAGGAAAAUCAAACCAACAGUCGGGAAGGAACAACCAUGAAAAAUCGAGUAGCUUCUUCUCAAACCCGAAACACAUGUUACAAUUAGGGCUUUACCUUGUGCCGGCAUUUGCUCUUUAUCAACAAUUCAUAACAUCUACACAACAAGAUCAAAAGGAGAUUCUUGAUGAAUUAUCAAGUGCCAUGUCCGAAUUAAAGCAAUGGGAAAAGAGACUCAUGGAAUUGGAAAUGAAUGAUCAUGAUGAUGAAGCCUCACCAGAAAACAUACCACCAGGUCCUGGAAUGUAUGGAUUAAUUCCUGAGGACGAUGAGGCAGCAUCCUCUCACUUCCGUUUUGAAUCACCAAAAGAGAGAAAAUAUGCUUCAAUUUAUGAUGAACUCAGACAUAUCAUUCUUGUCAUCCAUGCUAAAACCAAACAGCUUAACGCCAGUAUUAAAUCCUAUGGUUUGUACAAGAUGAGAAACUACUCACACAAUUGUUAG